CUUCGACGCUUUCAUCUCCCAGUUUAGUCAGCUCCGUGGCUCCGCCAGUGGGAGUGUGGGACCACCGGCAACCACGAGCCGCCUCCCCUCAUCCUCAACACCGAGUAGACCGGCCGGCCGCGGCCAUCAUCGCGCCGACCACGGCCAAGAAGCUCCUCGCCUUCCCCGGUGUCGCCGUACUCGCAGCAGUUUCUUGACACAUUGUGCUUCUUUUUCAGGUUAAUUUCACAAGAUUUUCUGCAUCUUUAUUUAGGUGCCCAGUCCCAGUCUUGAGCAUCAACCAAGAAAAGAAUCAAUACACGUUUUGCAGGCAGGGGAGGCAGUUUUGCUUUUGCUUCUAUAAGAGACAGUGCGAUUAGGCUGGGCAAGUGAUAAACCAUUGCUGGGAUUUGUUGGACUAUCAAAGUUGGUCGGAUGAUAUCUCUUGGGUGAAAUACUACGCCAGCCAGUAUAGCUACAGCUAGUUUGCCAGGAGCUCAGAUGGAGAGGCGGCUCCUGGAGGCAGCCAUGGUUGGCAGUGCCACAUCAAUGAAGGAGAUGGCUGCACAGGAUCCAAGCCUGCUGCUUGGAACAACUCCUCAAGGGAACACCUGCCUCCACAUCUCCUCCAUCCAUGGCCAUGAGGGGUUUUGCAAGGAUGUGCUGACGCUAAACAAUUCUCUUCUCACUGUCACAAACAUGGAUGGUGAGACACCAAUGCUCACUGCCAUGACAAAUGGCCACAUGUCUUUGGCCUCUACUCUACUUGAAUGCUGCUGCACACUAGGGUUCAGUGAAGCAAUCUUGCAACAAGACAAGAAUGGUUGUAAUGCACUGCACCAUGCUAUUCAUAGCGGUCACAAGGACCUUGCACUGGAAUUGAUAGAAAAAGAGCCUGCCCUGUCAAAAGCUGUGAACAAAUACAGUGAGUCACCAAUGUUCAUAGCGGUAAUGAGAGAUUUUACAGAUGUUUCUGAGAAACUGUUGGAAAUUCCUGGAUCUAGCCAUGUUGGAACAUACGGCCACAAUGCCUUGCAUGCUACUGUGAGAAAUGGAAAUGCAGUUAUGGCUAAAAAAAUUUUGGAGGGACGUCCUUGGCUAGUGAAAGAACGAACCAGAGACAAGAAGACCCCAGUCCUGAUGACGGUAAUUUGGGACAAGAUAGACGUGCUCCGUGUGUUGUUGGAACAUGAUGUUUUUUUAGGGUAUGAAUGCUAUGAUGAUGCUGGUAAUCUGAGCCCUCUUCUUGUUGCUGCUGCAUAUCGAGGUCAUGUUGAUGUUGCUCAAGAGCUUCUCAACCACUGUCCAGAUGCUCCCUAUUGCGACAGAAAUGGUUGGACAUGCCUUCACGAAGCUGUAAAGGAAGGUCAGACAGAGUUUGUGGAAUUUAUCCUAAGGACACCACAACUUCGUAAACUCAUCAACAUGCGAAAUAAUAAAGACGGACGAACUGCUCUGCAUCAAGCUGUCCGGAUGUGCAAUCCUAAAAUUGUUGCCUCUUUGUUGUUUCAUAAAGACACAGACUUCACAUUGAAUGAUCACAUAACUGGCGAGUCAGUGAUUUGGCAAUUACGGUGGGCUUCAAAGCAUGCCAAGACUUUAAACUGGACAACAUUCAAUCAAAAACUUCAACGGCGGAACUUAGCAUGGCUACCACACCGAUCCACAGGGCAGUACUGGCUUGGGUCUAGGGACGAAACGAUGACAUUCAACAUCUUCAGCCUGAACUUAUGGAGAAGAAAAACAACAAGAAAAGGAGAGUGGGUACUUUUGUACUCGCAAGCCACGCAAAAUGUGAUUAUGCAAACUACAACGGAAGGCUGUCCAAUACACUACGGCAGACAGCGCCUUUGCCUAGCGCCUGGUUAUUUGCCGAGCGCUAUUCAUCGAACGCUCGGCAAAGGCCACCUUUGCCUAGCGCAGGGCCCUCGGCAACGACAGCGCUCAACAAAGAUUUCUUUGCCGAGGGUAGUGCCCUCGGCAAACGGAGACGCUCGGCAAAGAACGUCUUUGCCAAGCGCCAAGCGCUGGGCAAAGGCCCGCUCUUGGCAAAGAACAUCUUUCCCAAGCGCCAAGCGCUCGGCAAAGGCUUGCACUCGGCAAAGAGAUAGCACAGGUAACAUGGGGUACCUGCCGUCACCUUUUGCUGAGCGCCCUCCGUUAGGUGCUCGGCAAAGGCAUCUCUUUGCCUAGCGCUGACGUUUGGCGCUCGGCAAAGGCAUCUCUUUGCCUAGCACUGACUUUUGGCGCUCGACAAAGAUUUUUUUUUUUAAUAUUUGCUUUCAAACUUUUUUGUUUUGUAUUACACAUUAUUUAAUAGCGCCGACGGUGACUGCUCGGCAAAGGCUUUUUGUAUUACACAUGACUUGGACGAAGGCGACGUGGUCACCCGAUCAUCAACACCUCAAGUAAACCAUAUAUUUUCAAAACCGUCGCUGGAGUUUGGAGUCGUCCUCUCUCUCCAAAACCCAACAGAGCGGUAGUUCUACAACUCUGAACUUCGAAUCAUCAUCUACCUUUGGGUUUGUAACCUAAACCAUAUAUAUUUUCAAGUCGAUAUCUGAGUUGCAUUGGCCGAUCGCUAGCUAGCUCAUGUUUGGUCAGGGCCACCGCCAUUGCGGGAACGA